CCCUGAUCUACCCGUUCAAGUGACAGCGCGAACACUAACAGCUGUUCCUUAAUAGCUCUACUACACGACGUCGCCAUGUCGCUCCCACGACAGCUGAGAGAUGAAAGUGAUUUCGAGCAGCUGCCUCACAACGUGCCAGUCAGUGCCACCAUCGCUGAUGUCGAGGAGAAAAAGGGCUUUAUUGUCUACUUUCGCUUUGUGAUCGAGGUGAGGACUAAAGGAGGCAGCAAGUACCUGAUCUAUCGCAGGUAUAGUGACUUCUACACCCUGCAUCAGAAUCUGGAGCAGAAGUUCUCCCCCGAGUCUGCGUCAGGACCCAACACCGUUGUACUGCCCACUCUACCAGGCAAAGUGUACGUGGGCAACAAACAGGAAAUAGCAGAAAACAGGAUCCCAGAGCUCAACACAUACAUGAAGAAGUUGCUGUGUUUGCCAAUAUGGGUUCUUCUGGAUGAUUUGAUCCGGAUGUUUUUCUAUCAGACCGAAUACGACAGCCUUCAGGUCCCCAAAGCCCUCCGGCGCCUCCGACCCCCGACACGCAAAGUAAAAAUCGAGAAACAGCCCAAGACGGACCUGCUCUCUUCCCCCAGAGCCGAGGCCUUGUUCGACUUCAACGGGAACGGGCGCCUGGAGCUGAGCCUGAAGUCCGGGGACGUGAUCUUUCUCCUGCGCAGAGUCAACGCCGACUGGCUAGAGGGCACGGUUAAAGAGAGGAUAGGCAUUUUCCCAGAGUCGUUUGUAAAGAUCAUUAAGCCUCUACUUGACAGCGACUCGGAUGAAGAGGGCGGGGCUGGCAAGAAAAAAAGCGGUCCAGGUUCUUACAGCUGCCUGCACUGCUGCCUGCUGCACCCCGGAGGUGUGGAUGAAAGGGAUGUGUGUGUAGAAGAAGACCUCUCCAUCCAGCCGUCGUACUUCGACCUUCUGGCACGCAUGAGGGAGGUGUUCCAAGUCGAGGACAUUGCAAUAAACUACCGUGACUCUGAAGGAGAUCUGGUGCGCAUCCUGGACGACGAGGACGUGGCCCUCAUGGUGCAAGAGAGCAAACGACAUGGGGCAAAAGUCAAGAGGCCCAUCAACCAGUAUCCAUGGGAACUUUGUGUCACACAUUCCAGAAAUCUGUCUGUGUACAACACUGAGUACUGAAACACGCGUGCGUGCACGUGUGUGUGUGUGUUCGUAUGUAUGAAGGUCAUUUCCUCAGGUUUGUGUGAUGCUACACACUUCAUAGCAGACACCAAAUAACAACACUGUUAGCUAGCACGACUAGCUCACCGUUCAUAUUUCCAGUUGCCUAGCAACAGCACAGCUUGUUUAGACGAAACGGCUACCCAAAACCCGUAACGGUUUGUUCGAGAUUUGAAGCAAUAAGCAUAUUUACACACAUUAAACAAACGUGAAUUCCUUCUCAGUGCAUUUAACCCUAACCCUUAAAAAAAACAACAACACGAUAGCAUGACAGGGCUGUCUCGAAAACAGCGCCGGCACUUGGGCAGAGGUUUGGUUCUGUAUUUCACCCAAGAGUUUAUAGAGAAGAUCAUUUUGUGAGCUUGAUCCCACUGCUGAGCGCCGAACCCAUCCUUAAUCAGUCCCCAGCUAUCACGAGGCAUGCGCCGAUAUAACCAGUUAUACACGAUAGAUCACAAAAUAUCCACAGCGUGCAAGUUAAUGUUGCCAUGGACACUUUUGAGCGUGUGUGUGUGUGUGUGUGUGUGUGUGAGUGUGUGUGUGUGUGUGUGUGUGUGUGUGUGUGUGUGUGUGUGUGUGUGUCCGUCUGCCUCUGUCUGUGGUUGCCCACUUUGGGUGCAAACUUCUCCAUUUCAGUUCCUUUCCAUGAAAAGAAAGUUCUGCCGCAGUGCAUGUGGACACACACACACACACACACACACACACACACACACACAAAACUGCACAACAUGUUUCAUGAAUUUUGCUUACGUGGAUAAAAUAUUAAUAUUUAAACUUGUGAUUUUUGUCAUUGCAGUUCUGCAUUUUUCAGGCUUUCGCAUUGUGUUAAUAAUUAUAUAUAUAUUAAUAAUAAACAGAAUAUAAUGCUUGA